AUGACAACGGUGAAGCCGUUCUGCUCAAACAAUGCACAAGGCACGAACCACCCCGUCAUUGCCUCAUCGCCCUUCAAGCGACCAGCGCCGUUGCGAGCGAGCACGUCGAGGACGUCUCGCUUGCCUUCCAUCCAAGAGGAAUGCCCCCCAUAUGACUCCCUACGCUCGACACCGUCAAGCGAGCAGAGAGAAGAAUUUCUCGACAACCAAUUUUCGUGGUCAUAUACAGAAGAAUCGCUCGAAGGUGAGACGAGACACAACUCUGACGACGAGGAACUCCCCCCCUACGUUCUGCUGGACAACGGCGCAAACAAGCCCGCAUACUCGAGGAGACAGAGCGAGGCCACAUCGUCUACGACAUCAGUGGUGCACCAACAACAACCAUAUCAGUCGACAAAGCUUGACGGGAUAUUGUGUCCGCGGUGUAACCUCAGGAGGGCCAAGGCUUGGUAUCGCCAGAUUCAAAAGGAUAGAGAGCCAGGGGAAGAGAGUCUAGUUAGUGUCAUGGCUGACGAUGUGAACACCGAACAGGUCCAAUCCAAAGAACAAAGUGAAGUCGAAGUCGAAGUCGAAACCGAAACCAAGACCAAAACCAAACUAUCAAAGGCCAACACACUAUACGCAAGCAGACCUGGAUAA